AUGGAGUCGUUCAACGGCAGCAAUACCGGCUCCGAGCGGCCGCACGCCGUACUGCUGGCCAGCCCUCUCGCCGGCCACUUGAUUCCACUGGCAGAGCUGGCACGGCGUCUCGUCGAGCACCACAGCUUCGCGGUCACGCUCGUCACCUUCAGCAACCUCUCCCUUCCGGCGCAUGUCCUCUCCAGCUGCCUCCUCCCUCCGUCCGUCGCCACCGCCGUGCUCCCCUCAGUAGAUAUGGGUGACGUCCCCGCGGCCGACAUCUUCCAGGUGUUCCUGGAGCUGAUCCGACGCUCAGUCCCGAACCUCCGUGCACUUGUCCGCGGCAUCAGCGCCACCGCCGGGCCUCUCGCCGCCCUCGUUGUAGACUUCUUCGGCCCCGAGGCGCUGCUCGUCGCCGCUGAGCUCGGCGUUCCGGGCUACGUUUUCGUCCCCACCAACCUGACCAUGCUUGCCCUCGAACGCCGCUUCAUGGAGCUGCAUCACGGCCUCCCUCCUGGCGAACACCGCGACUUCCCCGAGGUUGUCGAGCUUGCCGAGGGCGUGUCGAUGCGCCGAGAAGACUUCCCGGUUCCAUACCGUGAUCCCAACAGGCUGGCUUUCCCGCAACUUCUCGAGGACACCCGGCGAUACCUCCGUGCCGACGGCUUUCUCGUGAACACCUUUCACGAGAUGGAACCUGCUCUCGUGGAAGCGUUCAAGCUGGCGGCAGAACAAGGAGCGUUCCCGCCGGUGUUCGCACCGGGGCCGCUUGUCCGCCAGCCAAGCCCAGAGCCCGACGUCGGCGACCAAGACUGCUUGGAGUGGCUGGACCGCCAGCCGACAGGUUCGGUGGUGUAUGUCUCGUUCGGGAGCGGCGGUUCGCUGUCUCUGGAGCAGACCACUGAACUCGCCGCUGGGCUAGAGGAUAGCGGCCAACGGUUCCUUUGGGUUGUGCGGGUGCCAGACUUGACGGCAGAGUCGGAGACCGCAACAGGUGGAAACGAUGACGACCCGUUGGCCUGGCUCCCAGAGGGCUUCUUGGAGAGGACGGCGGGCAGGGGCCUCGCCGUCACAGCGUGGGCACCUCAGGUGCGCGUGCUGUCUCACCCGGCCACGGCGGCCUUCGUGUCGCACUGCGGAUGGAACUCGACGCUGGAGAGCGUGCAAUCCGGCGUGCCGAUGGUUGCGCUGCCGCUGGGCGCGGAGCAGAGGAUGAAUGCAGUUAUCUUGGAAAGGAAGGUUGGGGUGGCGUUGCGGCCGCCGGCGCGAGAGGACGGCGUCGUGGUGCGUGACGAGAUCGCGGCUGCCGUGAAGGAGCUCCUCAUGGAUGGUGAGAAGGGGUGGUUCGUGCGGCGCCGGGCCGGAGACAUGCAACAAGAGGCGGCGAGUGCUUUGUUGCCGGAAGGGUCGUCGCGCCGCGCGCUUGAGGAAGUUGCCACCAAGUGGAAGGUGGCAUGUGGCUUGGAGAAAUGA